AUGUCAUCAUCUACAAAUAAUGAUAAACUAAUCAAGGGUUUACUUAAACGAUACAAAAAACUAGAGGUUUCCUUAAACAAGUUUAAUUCAAAAAAAUAUAACCACAGUAAUAAUGGCGCAAUAUUAAAAGGAAAUAUACUACGUACUUCAUUAUUACCCUUUUUAAGAAGUUCCACUUAUCAAUUAGAUGAAUUGUUUACUUCUGAUUCCCCCGUAUACAAAAGUUUAUCCAACGUGAUUGUUGCCAUAUUCAUUAAAUGGUGGAAUGCUCUUAUCAGCAAUUUGAUAUUUGAUAAUGGCUCAGGGAAUGGUACUAAUAUGCCUGUAUUACCUAAAACUGCAUCUGUGGAACCAAUAAAUUGUUCAAAUAUACCUGCUGUGGAUAGAAAUGCUUAUUUGGAAGCCAUUGGUCGAAUUAUUGCCCAUCCAUAUUGGAAGUUUUCUGACGACACUGAAUCUUAUCAAGUGCUUUUGACAAGCACAUUAUCUUAUGUCAUUGACAAAUUGGGUAAAUUGAAAAACGUUACACCGCCAAUGGGGGCCUUUGCUGGUAAAGUUUUUGCUCAUGCAUUUUUCAAAUUGCCUAACGUCUCAAAUGCCUUGUUAUUUUUAUUAAAUGUCAAACAAAUAACAUUUGGUGAUUACCAAAAAAAAAUACCUCAACCGGUUAUUGAUUUUAAUAAUUUGAAAACAGCGUUUCCUGAACAUUUGCAUUAUUUAAUUGGGUUCCAAGGUUUACAAAAUCUAACUACUCGUGGUCAAAAAUGCUUUAUGAAUUGUAUACCAGCACCAAAACAUCCAGUCGAUGGUAUCAAAGAUCCUAAUGGUGAUUGGGUAAGAAGAUGGAGUUGUUCUGAUUCCAAUGUUUUCAAUUCAUUUUUCCGUCAUUAUAUCAGUCUUGUACAAACUUAUCUAUAUGAAGAAGAAACCGAUACAAUUGAAGAAGUAUUAUUUUAUUGUCCUGGGUUUAGUAUUAUUAUCAGUCAUAUAUAUCAGAUUUUCGAAGUAUCGGUAACAAGAAUUACUAGUACUAAUUGUAACCCAAGAAACUUGAAUUCUAAUGGUAGUAACAUUUCUGCGGUGAAUCCCACUAAUGCAACUAAUGGCAGUGUUGUUGCCACCACUUCAUCCAACAAUACCACGAAAAGCAAAUCUACUGAUUCUUCAACCCCACCUCCACCUCCACCACCUGCAUUCAGUCACAAUAUGAAACAAAGCGAUAUGUAUUAUAACUCGAUUAUCAAGAUUUUUAGAACAGUACGAGAUAUUGCUUAUUCAGCAACUUUAAAUGACAAGUCAAUUGACUGUGUUAGUGCAACACUAGUGAAAACCAUUGAUAGUUGCUUAAUAGCAAUAGCAAAAGAAACAACAAUUCAUAAUUUCAAUAAAAAUGGGAUUGUGUUGAGUAUUGUUAAUGAAUUUAUUAACCACAUUGAGAAUAAUUGUUCAAGUGAAUUAAAGUAUCUUGUCAAUUGGGAAUUUUGGCUUAGUUGUAACUAUAUGAUGAUAAAUUAUUGUGAUCAUGUACAAAGUUUGUUACGAAAUUUUGCAUUUUUAUUUAAUACAUGGGAUUUAAUUCCUGAUACUUUAUCAUCGUUCGUCACUAUUAAUGAUGGGGAUGACGACAAGAAAAGUAAAAACCUGACACGACAAAGUUUGAAAUGGAUAACUGAAUUGGAAUAUUCAUUUAAACUAAAUUUUGUUAACUUUUUAAUUAGUGAUGAAGUUUUUGAACGGUUUUUCACUCAUUGGAAUCCAAUGGUUAGAGCAUAUUAUAUAAAGCUAUUAAUAUGGAGAAUCAUUGGUAUUAAUAAUUAUCAGUCGUCGACUCUGAUACAAGUUUCAAGAAAUGUCCAAUUUAAGUUGAAUCGUGCCUUUGAGAUGUUGAGUAGAUUUACUAUGACGUAUAAUGGCAAAAUAGAAUUAAACUAUAAACCGGACAAUCCAUUGGUCAAUAGGAAAUUUGGAGUUGUACCGAUAAACAUUAAGGAUGAUUAUUUGUCUAUUGAUGAAAGAUCAAAUGAUAUAUAUAUUCCAACAGCAACAUCAUUGAAACCAUCAGAAUUGAAAAAGACACAUCCAUAUGAAGUAUUUGAUGAGGCAAUUUAUACAUGUUCCAACUCCACCAUGACUAAUGGAACUCGCUCUGAUCCUACCACACCAAGAGGUAGUACUACUGACCUGUCGUCCAACAAACCAAAUAGUCGCAUUGGGAGUAACAAUUCUUUGGUUAGUUCUAUUGGCAGACUAUUUAAAAUUUUAUCAACUGAUGAUAAUGAUAACACCACCAAGACAAAUAAUAAACGAAAACUGCAAUUAAAUGAUAUUCAAGAAAAUGUGACUUCUGAUUUAUCCGAUAUGGCAACUGUAAAUCGAGUGAAAAGAAAUUCGGUCUCAUUGACUUCCUUGUCUACUGCGUAUUCAUUUAAAUCGAGGUCAUCUAGUCCAAGUGUUAUGUCACACAGAUCUACACCAACAUCAUUAACGGAAUCAUCGGCUUCUACUGAUGACGAGUCAGUGUAUUCAAUGGAUACUCUUAAAACAAAAUCAUCGUCAACAUCAUCAUCAACCAACUCAUCAUCGUCAGCAUUAUUUCCAAAUUCAUAUAAUAUUCCACCACCAGAAUUAUCUAGAUUACCUCCAGAAAUAAUUCGUCCAAUUUAUAAAUUUGAUGUGGUUGUUUGCCAUGAUUCAUUAAAUGAAAAAUUUGCUAUGAUUCAUACUAAAAAUACUUUAAUUUCUCGAGGAAUUGUCAAUAAUUCAAUGUUUAUGUCCAAAAGUCCUAGUCCGGUGACAAGUUAUUUCCCAUUGUCACCACAAAUCCCGUUCAUUUCUAUAUUUGUUAAUUCAGACACUUUUAAAAAUCGAAUUUAUAUGAAUGAAGAAGAUGGAUUAUUUUUAGAAACAGAAUUUGAUACAUAUUAUCGAGAUAAUAAUAUGAAUGAAAAUAAUGAAAGUUUCCAAAAUGCUACAUUUGCUCAAAUGAUGAAUUUAGGGAAAUCAUUAAAUGAAUUUAAUGUAGUGGUUGAAGAAUUCAAACAAUUUUUAAGUAAUCGAGUUGAAAUUGAUUCUAUGAAUUAUAGUGAGACCAAUGAGAAUGACAAUCUGGUAUUUAAACUGCAAUCGCAAUCGCAACCACAACUGCAGCAACUGUAUGGUCAUUAUAUUCAACAACAACGUGGUAAUGAUAAUUCCGAUAAUGUCAGACAAUCACUGAUAUUUUUCUCAAGGAAAAAUAGUAUUCUUAGAGGUGGAUCGAAUUCUGCUGGUCAUCAUAAUAUUGAUCCUCCUACUAGUACUACUUCAUUGAACAAUAGCGAUAGUAGUAACACUACUGAUAGUGAGAACAGUAAUCCUACUGGGAAUGAUAUUCUGGAAUUUGUUUAUUUUAAGAAAAUUAUUCCAUUUUUAUCAGUUGAUUCAUCAAAUGAAAUGAAGUUAUUAAAUGCCAAUUAA